AUGUCGCGCUUGCUGGAGGCAACAAUGGCGAUAUCAUCCGUGCCAUCUUCAUUAACAGCAGCAUACGGACAGAGUGGGGAAGAGACAUGGCGUGUUGUGGAUGUGUUUUGCCUUGGCAGUCAAUGUGCAUGGUUUAUUGUCAAGAAUGGGAGCCAUUUAUCAUCCAUUAACGUUACGUCACGAAUAGACAAACACAUUUUAUUCCCGGAAAAGGGGAUGUCGCAAGAUGGCACGAAGGAGGAUUUUUUUCUCCUUUUAAGGGAGUUGCAACGAGUUGCUGGUGUGGUGUCGGUUGAUGGUAAUGAUACGGCAAGACGCCGUGGGGACUGUCUCCGCUGCCCCGGGGAAAGUGAAGGCAUCGCUGCCGUGUCAACGCUGUAUGUUCAAGGGCUGCAUGUCGUGCUUUUCUUUGUCAUGAAAUGCCAUUGCAUGGCAAUUGCUUCCUUCGUCAUAGAUCCUCCUGUCGAAGCGAAUGAUGGCGGUAGCAGCAAAGGAAAGGCUCAGCUGCUGGCGGUUCGGUGGUGUUCUGGGGAAAUGAAAGAGAAUGAGUCUUCUCAUUACAUGUUUUCCCGUCAACUUAGCGUACCUAUGAGUGCCAUUGUUGAGGAGUAUAAAAGUGACUCUUUUCCCCUUAACAGCACGUCUUUUUUGUCGUCUAGUUCCUCUUUACCCGGGUUGCAACAGGGUCAACGCUACCCGAAACGUGUCUCAGCUUCUCUUUUGCGUAACACUUUUCCGUGGUUUAUUCUCCGCAUUGUGUUUGCACGCGUGAUGGGUUGUGUGGAGUAUGUGGAUUUUGUGUGGCAGGAAGAUUUGGAAAGAAAUGUCCCAUCUCCGUGGCGGACGCUGCAAGGGUUCCGACAGUUCACAUGGGGGUCGUUGCAGUUGGAGAAGUUGAGUGGGGUACCAGGGGAAGUGCGGGCACUGCGUUGGAUGCCCUUCUCGCGCGAUUACGAGGAGCGUUACCCGUUGCUUGCUGUUCUCUAUCAGAAAGCACCCGUUUCUGGGGACCCUUUCCUUGAUUGUCUUGCUGUUAGCAUGCUUUCCGUACUACGACGACGGCAACAACAACAGCAACAGACACCAAUGUGUGUUGAAAAUGACAGUUGGGUGGGUCUCCGGGAGACAUUGCACGGGUCCUUGAUGGAGGGUCCGUGGUGCUUGGAGGCACUCACUCUUGCUCAUCCUUCUUUUCUGUUGCAUGCCGUUCUACCGGGCGGAGGUAACAUGGGAGGAGGCCACGACGCUUUGGGUGUGUUUCUUCGGCCAGCGUAUGUGAUGUAUCCCAUGAGUACGUUUUUGCGUGAUGAGAACGUUUAUGCCUCCUGGGAGCCUUUGGUUGCCACGGCAGCACGCGACAAUAAAAAGUCAGAAGAAAUGUACUUUGCGGUUUUUACAGAAGAUGGCGAGGUGACACGUUGCCAAGUUGGCGGCUUUAUUGAAAGUGCUGUAGCCUGCCCGGCAACAUCAUCCGGGCCACGGCGCGUCAGCAGCGCUGCUGGGGGAACGGAACGUGUUGUCGCUGUUGUUUUGGCAAUGCGGAGUGGAGGUGACGUUUUGCUUCUGGAGGUGUGGAAUAAAACAAAUGUUGCUGCUGCUGCUGCUGCUGCUGCUGCUGCUGCUGCUGCUGGUGGUGUUGGUGUUGGGCGAAGCAUUCGAGAGCAGAAAAAUGCGAGUGGUGACGCGAAGAUGGCCGUUGUGAAUUGUCGAAAUAUUCCAUCAUGGGAUGCCGGGGUGCCACGCUCCUUGCGUCACCUUCACCGAUUGAUCGGCCUUAAGUGGGAGGACGCAAGGGGGACGGUGUUUCUUCUUGCGGCCCACGAGGACGACAAUACCCAGCAAGUGGAUUGCAGUUUGUUAAUGGCGGAGUUGGUUCCGCAGGGAGGUGACACGCCGCGGUUCAUCUGGUUUGGUGCCAGCAACGGGUUUAUCGUGGACGGAGGGAGUAAUUCUCAUGGGUUUCCUUUAAAUGUUGGUCUACCGGCCUUGGUGCAACCACUCAGUCGGGUUGAUGGGGAGUACAAUCUUGGGAGUCUCCAGCAUGCCCCGCUACAUCCACUCUGCCGCUGCGCGGUUCGACAGAAUGAGGCUGUGGAUGCCUAUGAAAGAGAAGUUGUCAUCUUUCGCUCCGGAGACAUUUGUCUCGUACGUCGCAACACUCCUUUUAGUACGCACUGGAGAAAUUAUGACCCUAAUGUGUUCUGCAAGAGACUUUCAAGGGUGCAGUGGCCGCAUUCAGGGAAAACGGCGGAGGUGGACGCCUUGUUUCUUCUUUUUGCCUCUGGGUCCUCUGACAUUUCCAUGGAGUCUUUCUGGACCACGACGGGUGGGAAAUUGCCCACUCCAGUUGAGAUAGACGGGGGUGCGAUCUCACUACAUGAGCUUCAAUUGCUUCUUGUGUGUCGAGCCACCGUGAUUCUCAUGACCGCAGAGGGUCAAGUCGUGUGUGUGAGUGAUGUGCAUCCACCUUUAGCUGUGAUGAAUGACGGCGACAGCAGAGGUCUGGUGGGCACGGAGACGAUGGGGAGCAUGGAUGGCGAGAGGUUUUCAUUGCUUUCUUGCAUGAUUCGUUUUUUCGCAUCAUUUCAAGGUAAUCACUUUUUUAUUUGUGCCACCAGCGCUUCUUCUUUGCCUUCAAGGGAAAAUGGCUGCCGUGAGUGUUUUUUUCUUUUUUUGCAAGUGACCUGUUCUGGGGACCAACAGGAUGACAGUGCUUUGCCCCUGGCGACGGUUUGUGUCGUGGAUAUUAUUCAUGUGAAGACUGAUGGUCAUCCAUUAUUUGAUUUUCUCCCAACAGGACGUCUUGACGACUGUGCGAAGAUGACGGCUUUGGGAGAGGCGACAAGAAUGGGGGAGACAUGUGUGUUUGCUCGUGAUAUGAUGUACUGUGCGGGGGCUAAAUUGUACACUGUGCCAUGCGUUCUCAGGUGCAGGGCGUCAACAAGAGGUGUUUGGAUGGAAGGGAAAUUUGAGACACCGUCAAGCAACUCUCACCAUGUGGUGUUGGACCUAAAAGAUUUACUCCAUGAAGAGAGUAAGGCGACAAUUUGGCGUUUAGAGCCUAGUUUGUUACAAUGCGUGCCGCUUCCCUCAAAGAGGGAGAGAGGGAGAAUGUGCGUGGUGGUUUUACUUUCUUUUGUGAGUGGGCCUACAUUGGCAUCUGCUGUUCAUUGCAGUAGCGUAUCGCGUCGACGGUGGGAGUCUCAGCUGCUUGUAGAAGGGAAAGGAACGACAGAAGAAAUGGCAGUGCCUUUUGUACGACUUGUGACGCGGCCGGCAAUGUGCGGUGAAUGUGAUCCAAUUUGUUGGCUGCAGGACGCUGUUGGUUGCUGGCACUCCCUCGUGUACCGGGACACAGGCGACCCGAGGCGCGACUCUUUCAAUGUCCAGCCGAGUCUGUCGUUUUGUGUGGACGAUAUGCAGAAAGCCACGCAUGGCAAAUUGGAGUCUUCUUCUUCUCAUUCGGGAGAAAAUGGGUUUGUAGAGGAGUCUGUGAUGUGUGGUGGAAUUGGGAUUUUCUCGCUGGGACCACGCUGCUAG